AUGGAUUUUGACAAAAUAGUUACCAGAUUCGGUGCAUUUGGACGUUACCAGAAAUGGCUGUACUUUCUCGUCUGUCUUGCAUCUGUUUUCAGUGGAAUAUUUACAGUUAUUUCUGCUAUAUUACUAGCAGCUCCAGAUCAUAGGUGUAAAAUCCCUGGUUACGACAAUGACACAUACGCUGUACAAAGUGAAUGGCACCAGGAUAAUAUUACCAGAUACAUCCCACCCUCUGAGGAUGGUACCACGCCCUAUGACCAGUGUCACAUAUAUCUAUGGGGAAAUUCCAGCCACCAAGAAAACGCUACCAAACUUAUCUGUAAUGAAUGGAACAAUUUGGUUUGCAACAAUUCGUACAAGACAGCUUUUGCGAAAUCGCUCUUUUUUAUCGGGGUUCUGGUUGGAGCCAUAACACUAGGCCAUAUCUCGGAUGCAUUUGGACGCAAAACCAGUCUGCUGAUUGGAGUGAUAUUACUUACUGCGUCAACCUUAAGUUUGGCCUGGUCACCUGGCUACACAUUCUUCUGUGUUUGUAUGAUGUUUAUCGGAGCAGCCAGUGAGGGCAUGUGUGUCAUUACAAUGUCGUAUUACGGGUUGACAUUAAAUACGGAGAAUUUAGGGGACAACUUUUACCUUAAUUUCUGUCUGUCCGGUUUGGUGGAGUUUCCGGCUUACACCGUACCAUUACUUCUGAUGGACAGGGUCGGUAGAAAACGACUCUAUAUCGUCUGUAUGGCAGUAGGAGGUGCUGCAUGCGUCUCCACUAUAUUCACUGUUCUCUACCUAGAAUUUGAUUACCAGACAGUAACUGUAGCCUUAGCGAUGUUGGGAAAGCUGGGAAUAUCAGCAGCGUUCGCCAUCAUCCUCGUGUACUCCGCGGAGCUAUUCCCUACAGUGGUACGCAGUGCAGCAUUAAGCACGUGCUCGAUCUUCGGUAGGAUUGGUGGAAUUGUGGCACCUUACGUUGCUGCAUCGGCUGACCUGAUCAAUGGACGAUUCGGAAGAGCGUUUCCAAUGCUUGUUUUUGGAGUAUUGUCACUCCUAGCCGCGUUGUCAUCUCUGUUUCUCCCGGAAACGAAUGGCCAGAAGUUACCGGAGACCAUUGAAGAUGGCAUACUGUUCGGAACGCCCUCGUAUAAGAUGAACGCUGAUAUAAGCUGUGUUGACGGCCCGACCGGAGAAACCUGUUCCGAAAAUAAAGGUCGCACGAUCACUCUGAGAGAAUACUGA